AUGUUCCUAUGCCUUCGUCACCUGCGCCAGAACCAGUUGUUGAUUCUGAAGCCACCAGGAGACAUGCGCAGAGCAUUCGAGAGUUUCGGUAGACCAGUCGCGCGACCGGCAGAGGAACCAGUCGCGGGGGCUAAAGAGAGCGCCCCUAGCAACGAUCAGCUGUUCCCCUUGCUACGUGCGGCUGUUUGCAACUAUUGCGAUCUCAAUUACUGA